GUGUGAGAUGUAUUUACCAUUCAGCAUAUGUGGAUGAUGUUACAAAGCAACUCGUGUUGUGAGACGACAGGUGCCAGAUUUGGCUGAAAGAAGAUAAAAAGUCAUGUCUGCUCAAAGUGCAAAGAAAAAAAGACUUGGUUCACGUCGCCGGGGAGCAAACCAAAAUGAAAUCUCUAAGAAUGACGACGUCCACAUAACAGACAAUACCUUUGUAGCUGAGUGCGACAUACCAGAAGAACAUGCUGAAUCAUUAAAUGUAUUUGCUAAUCCUGAAAAUUUAACAACUGAAACGCAACAUCCACCUUUGCCCGAACUCUCAGGCAACAGACGAAAACUGGGCUCUCGUCGCAAAAAUAAACUACUGCGUGUUGAGGAUGAACCUAUCGAGGAAGUUGAGGGAAAAACAGGGGUAAAGGAAACCACAGUAACAAAACAAAUGUCACUUGCAAUACAAUCUGAGAAGCAGGAAGUUAUUCAAGGGAGUGAACAUGUGUCUACAACACAUGAAGACUAUUUCUAUCCGGCCGCUACACCUAAAUAUUCUUCUGAAGUUCAAUACGCAACUACACCUAAAUGUCCAAAGGCUGACCUGAAAAGUUUAACUCCCAAAAGUGAAAAUCUGCAAGCAGACCUAGAGGAAAAUGAGACUGACUCUAAAGUGGUACAUGACCCUUGUAAUUUAGUGGAGACUGCGCAAGAAGGAAUUGACAGGUCGGACAGUCUUCGCAAAGAAGAAGUCAAAGAAAGUGCACAUCUUGUUGACAUCUCAGAGUUAACUAGUUCAAGUAUGCUUUCAUGUCCAGGAGUAGAUAGGCAACUCAUUAACCAAUCAAAUUUCAGGCAAAUGCCUGAAGAAAAACUUUCCAAUGUGCAUUCUGUAACAGAAAAAGAGUGCAAGGAAAGAGACGACAACACAGAAUUGUUGAGGAAGGAUGGAACUUUACAGGGCAACUAUUUGGUGAGUGAGUCACAUGUGGAAUCAGUAGCUAUGCAGUUUUGUACCAAACCGGAGAUAACCACAAAAAAAAUCAGCCAAAGAGAAAAUACCACACUUGAACAAGCCUCAAUUUCAUCACCAAAAGUGGAGUUACCUACAGACAAGAAACAAAAUGAGUGUUCCAAUUUAUUUGAAGUGAAAUGCGCUCAUCAUUCAGAGGAUUCUGUAAACAACUUGCGUGAACAUGAGGUUAGGCCAACACAGAUUAAAGAAAUGCCUCCAAUUGAUGACCCAUCCGAAAGUGUGAUACACGAUGUCAUAGGAAAUUCUAAAAUAAUUUCUGGAAACUUAACAGAUAGAACUGAAGUCAGUGACACAAACCAAUCGGCAUUGAUUGUGAAGAGAACUGAUGAGUUUCCUAUAAAUCCGGACAUUUCAAUGCCUGACAACAAACAAGAUGAGCACUCUAAAAAAGAAAGCAUCUUUGAAGCUGUAGAGCAGAAAAACGAGGGUUAUUAUGUAUCUGAUACCAAGAAGCCACAAAUCAGCAACAUAGAAGGAGUAGACACUGCACUAGGUCAGGUAUAUGAGACUGAAGGCAGAGUACAGGAUGACACAAAACCAAGUGCUGAACACACAGGUCAUCGGGAGAUGGAAGGACUAGUCCAUGAAAUGGAGCGUGAAUCCUCUUUUCAAACCCUGCAAUCAGAUAAAAAUGCAGCUCUUGACUCCCAACCUCAACAUAGCAACAUUGGCAUAAACCCCAUUGGGAACAGAAGAAAACUGGGGUCUAGCCAAAAAAAUAAAGGAAGACGGCAUGACAAGGACUCAAUGGAAACUAUGGUGGAAGAAAUGGAUCAAUUUGACACUGCUCAGACUGAGGAUGUUUGUGAUCAAGUAAAAGAAAAUGCACUUGUUGGCGGUAACUUACAUUCAAGUUUGACAGUAGAUCAGCAGAUGAUCGACCAAUCAAAUUCCACAGAGAUGCCAGAGGAGGAACUUUCCAAUGUGUGUUUUGCAAAAGAAACAAGGAAGAAGACGACCACACAGAAUUGUUCAGGCAGGAUGGAAAUUUACAGACCCACUACUUGGUGAGUGAGACCUGUGUGAAAUCAGAAGCUAUAGAUUAUUCUAUCACACCAGAGAUAACCACAGAUAAACACCCCCCCAAAGAGCAUACAGAACCUCACUGCAGUGUUGAACAAGCAAUAUGUUUGUCACCAAAGAGGGAGUUACCCACAAAUGACAGACAAAUGGAGAUUUUCAACUCAUCUGAAGGAAAAGAGGCUCAUCAGUCAGAGUAUUCUUUAAACAAACCGCAUGAAAAGGAGAUUACGCCAACAGAUAUGCAUGAAAUACCUCAAAUUGAUGACUUAUCUGAAAGUGUGAUAAAUGAUGCCACGGACAAUUCUGAAAUCAUUUCUGCAAACCUGGCAGACCAAACUGAAGUCAGUGACACAUACCAAUGUGAGUUGAUUGUGAAAAGGACUGGUGAUUCUCCUGCCAAUCAGAAAACUUCAAAUUCUGACAAACAGGAUGAACAUCCUACAAAAGAAAACAGCUUUGAGUCCUUAGGGCGAAACCAUGAGGAUUCUCAUAUUUAUGAUAUCAAGGAACCACAGAUCAGCCACAUAGAAGGAGUAGACACUGCACUAGGUCAGGUAUAUGAGACUGAAGGCAGAGUACAGGAUGACACAAAACCAAGUGCUGAACAAACAGGUCUUCAGGAGAUGGAAGGACUAGUCCCUGAAAUGGAGCGUGAAUCCUCUUUACAAACCCUGCAAUCAGAAAUAAACGCACCUCUUGACUCCCAACCUCAACAUAGCAACACCGGCUUCAACCCCAUUGGGAACAGAAGAAAACUGGGGUCUAGCCGAAAAACUAAAGGAAGACAGCAUGUCAAGGACUCUGUUGCUGAAUCAUACCACAAUCCUACAGAAGAAGUUGUUGGCGAUACCAGGGAUAAUGAACCCCUUGAAACAACAGAAAUGUCAUUAUCAAUAGAGACAGCAGUAAAGGAAAAAUCCUUGGAAACUAUGCUGGAAGAAAUGAAUCAGUUUGACACUGCUCAGACUGAGGAUGUUUGUGAUCAAGUAAAAGAAAAUGCACUUGUUGGCGGUAACUUACAUUCAAGUUUGACAGUAGAUCAGCAAAUGAUCGACCAAUCAAAUGCCACAGAGAUGCCAGAGGAUGAACUUUCCAAUGUGUGUUUUGUAAAAGAAGAAAACAAGGAAGAAGACGACCACACAGAAUUGUUCAGGCAGGAUGGAAAUUUACAGACCCACUACUUGGUGAGUGAGUCCUGUGUGAAAUUAGAAGAUAUAGAUUAUUCUAUCACACCAGAGAUAACCACAGAUAAACACCCCCCCAAAGAGCAUACAGAACCUCACUGCAGUGUUGAACAAGCAAUAUGUUUGUCACCAAAGAGGGAGUUACCCACAAAUGACAGACAAAUGGAGAUUUUCAACUCAUCUGAAGGAAAAGAGGCUCAUCAGUCAGAGUAUUCUUUAAACAAACCGCAUGAAAAGGAGAUUACGCCAACAGAUAUGCAUGAAAUACCUCAAAUUGAUGACUUAUCUGAAAGUGUGAUACAUGAUGCCACAGAAAAUUCUGAAAUCUUUUCUGGAAACUUGGCAGACCCAAUUGAAGUCACUGACACUUACCAAUGUGAGUUAACUGUGAAAAGUACUGAUUGUUCUCUUACCAAACAGGAACUCUCAAAUCCUGACAAACACGUUAAUCAUCCUACAAAAGAAAAUAACUUUGAGGCUUUAGAGCAGGAAAAUAAGGAUCGUCAUGUAUAUGGUAGCAAGAAACCACAGAUCAGUGACAUAGAAAGACCAGACACUACACUAGAUCGGGUAUAUGAGAUUGAAGACCGAGUUGAGGAUGAUAUAAAACCCAGUGCUGAACACACAGGUCAUCAGGAGAAAGAAGAACUCUUAUCUGAAAUGGAAGAAAGUGAAUCCUCAUUACAAACCCUACAAUCAGAAAUAAAUGCUUCUUUUGAAGCCCAACCUCAGCAUAGGGACACCAGCCUCAACUCAUUUGGGAACAGAAGAAAACUGGGGUCUAACCGAAAAAAUAAAGGAAGACAGCAUGACAAGGGCUCUGUUGCUGAAUCAUACAAUCUACACAAAGAAGAUGUAGAAAGUACCAGGGAUAAUGAAGCCUUCGAAACAAGACAAAUGGUAUUGGCAAUAGAGAGAACAAGUCAUUCAAGUCAGGGGAGUGAGAGGGAUAUCAAGCCUGCAACACAUGACAGCUCUUUGUAUACAGCCAUUAUGCCUGGUUAUUCUUCUGACAUCCCAGGCCCCACAACAACAAAUCAUCCAGAGGCUGACCUAGAAAGUGUAAAUACUAAAAGUGAAAACCCUCUGUAUGAAAACCCUCUAUAUGAUCAUGACUUUAAAGUGGAGGUGUCUGAUAAAUCAGUGGAAUCCACCCUAGAAGGAACAGACCAAUCUGACACUCUUCAGAGUCAAGAAGUUACAAGUGCUCAUCAUUCAGAAGAUGCUGUAAAUACAGUGCAUGAACAGGAGGUUAAGCCAACAGAAAUGCCUCAAAUUGAUGACUUAUCUGAAAGUGUGAUAAAUGAUGCCACGGACAAUUCUGAAAUCAUUUCUGCAAACCUGGCAGACCAAACUGAAGUCAGUGACACAUACCAAUGUGAGUUGAUUGUGAAAAGGACUGGUGAUUCUCCUGCCAAUCAGAAAAAUUCAAAUUCUGACAAACAGGAUGAACAUCCUACAAAAGAAAACAGCUUUGAGUCCUUAGGGCGAAACCAUGAGGAUUCUCAUAUUUAUGAUAUCAAGGAACCACAGAUCAGCCACAUAGAAGGAGUAGACACUGCACUAGGUCAGGUAUAUGAGACUGAAGGCAGAGUACAGGAUGACACAAAACCAAGUGCUGAACAAACAGGUCUUCAGGAGAUGGAAGGACUAGUCCCUGAAAUGGAGCGUGAAUCCUCUUUACAAACCCUGCAAUCAGAAAUAAACGCACCUCUUGACUCCCAACCUCAACAUAGCAACACCGGCUUCAACCCCAUUGGGAACAGAAGAAAACUGGGGUCUAGCCGAAAAACUAAAGGAAGACAGCAUGUCAAGGACUCUGUUGCUGAAUCAUACCACAAUCCUACAGAAGAAGUUGUUGGCGAUACCAGGGAUAAUGAACCCCUUGAAACAACAGAAAUGUCAUUAUCAAUAGAGACAGCAGUAAAGGAAAAAUCCUUGGAAACUAUGCUGGAAGAAAUGAAUCAGUUUGACACUGCUCAGACUGAGGAUGUUUGUGGUCAAGUAAACAAAAAUGCACAUGUUGGCGGCAACUUACUUUCAAGUUUAACAGUAGAUCAACAAUCAAAAUCUACGGAGAUGCCAGAUGAAGAACUUCCCAAUGUGUGUUUUUUAACAGAAAAAGAAAAACUGAAAAAUGUAAAUUUACAGACCAACUACUUGGUAAGUGAGGACUGUGUGAAAUCAGAAGAUACAGACUAUUGUAUCACACCAGAGAUAACUACAGAUAAACACACCCACAAAGAGCAUACAGAACCUCACUGCAGUGUUGAACAAGCAAUAUGUUUGUCACCAAAGGAAGAGUUGUCUACAAGUGAUGAACAAAAAGAGCAUGUGAACUUAUUUCAAAUCAGAGGAGCUCGGCAUUCAGAAGAUGCUAUAAAUGAAGUGCAUGAAGAGGAGGUGAAGCCAACACAAAUGCAUCAAAUUGAUAACUUCUCAAUAGAGGACAGUCAAUCUUCUUUACAAACACUGCAUUCAGAAAGGAAUGUUCUUUUGGACUCCCAACCUUUUGACAGUUAUCAGAGCAUCAAAGGGCAAAGUCCCACAGGCUUUAACACCAAAGGGAACAGAAGGAAAUUUGGGUCAAACCGAAAAAAUAAAGGACCGCAGGUCAAGGACACAACAAAACUGUCAUAUUUAACAGAAACAAUGAGGCAGGAAGAAUUAAAAGAGCAAGCCAACCAAGACGUCAAGCCUGCUGGGGAAAUAAGAACAUUUGGAUCAACCGUAAAUGGCGAAGAAAAUACAGAAAAGAUGUCGGAGGAAGGCACAAUUUUGUCACAGAAUGUGAUGGAUAGCAGGACAGUUGUGACAGCAGACAUUCAUUCAAGCUCAGGAAAAGAUGACUUUGUCAAAUCCAAGGAAGUUAAUGAGACGGAAAAUAAACUCAUAAAAGAGACUGAGAAUCUAAAUCAGCUUACAGAAUGUGACACAGUUAAAAUGGAGUUGACACAAUCACCAAAAAUCUCAGUUUGGAAAGAUGAUUCAGACAUACAGAAUGUCUCAUAUGAUGAAAAUGUCACCGCCAGGCCAAUCGCUGAUGGUCUUGAGCAAGAAGGAGCCUUUCAGGUCCAUGACACGGAAGUUUUAUCUUGUGACAAAGAAUUUAAUGAGCAACAGACAAAUGGUACAUCACAAAUUCUUGGAGAUGUCACAAUAAAAGCCUAUAACUCAGGAGUGGAGAGCUCAAUGUGUGUACCAGUUUCUAGACAGGAUAAAGAUGGAGAACAGAAAGACCAUGAAGCCCAAGAAAUUAAUAUUUCACAGGUGAUCCCACAUGCUGAACUGUUUUCUGCAUCACAAAAUAAAACUGAUACUUUGGCUCUGUUUGACAUUGGUCUUGAGGAAAACAUCCAAGCAGAGCCAGCUGGGGACGUAUCUGAGGAAAGUGGAAUUUCCAGCCAACAACGGAUACAAGAAAUAACUACUUUAGAUGAAAGUGAAAAUUUGAAAGGAAGAUCCAAACAGAAAAGGAGAAAAAUGGGAUCUACUCGCCAGACUCAACUCAAUAGGAAACCAGAGGAAAAGAGAGGGGAAACAAAAGAAAGGGACUUUAACACAGAAGCUGACAUGAGAAAGGUUGACAAGAUGGAAGCAGUAGAGGAUUUACAAAUUAUUGUAACUGCAGAGGUGUCACAGAAUGAACAUGCAAAGCCAUCACUGAGUCCUAAGAAUAAAGAACAACAGGAAACGACAAGGUCUGACCUGCAGAUAAUACAGAGCAACAUGAUACCAGACAUAGAUUAUUCCAAUACUCUCCUUGCUGAGCUAUCUGUCUGCCACAAUAAAGAAGUUGUUAAUCCUGUUAAGUUAGUUCAUGUAUCCGAUGUAAGGGACAGUGAGAGUAAUGUAGAUGUUAGUGUGGAGUCGUCACAGCUAGAUGAUUUUACCACCACUGAGAUGUAUAUCACCUCUGUGCUCGCUGGAAGACAUUCCAUAAAUCCACUGCUGUCCGCAAAUAUGGACUCUACAAACACUGGUAUCACAGGGGAGAGCUGUGUGUCUUUAUGUGAGACCACACAGAGUCCACAAAAUGAUGAGAAACAGCCAGAGAGUGUAAACGUAAUAAAUGACCAAGCUUUGAAAUCAGCUGAUGAGCCUGUUGUGGCAGAUUUGGAAAUAGUGAAAUCUGUGGUCAGAGGAGGAGCUGAAGAAGAGCACAUGAGUGCCCAAGCAUACAAGACCCGGACGAAGCAAAAUGAAGGAGCUCACACUAAAAUUCCCGAGAUGAUCAAUGCAAAUUUAGAUUCAACCAACAAGAGAAGAAAGAUGGGCAGCACCCGCAGAAGUCUCGGAUCACGGACAAAACAGGAAGACUUGUAUGAAAAACAAAAAGAGGAUAAUGAGGCAACAGAGGCUGCAACUAUUGUUGAAGUUGGAGAGGCUGAAAGUUUCUCAGGCAACAUAGGUGUGCCACAACUUCACAAAGACAGUGGCUCUGAGCAAAGGAAAGAAAAGGAAUUUGAAACUGCGGAGUAUUACUUCAAACCUCACCAGACAUUUGAAGAAAAUCCUGUUUCACAUGGUCAACUAGUAGAAACAGAGCAUCAACUAACUCCCAAUUAUCUCCCCGCAAUACAAUCCACUUCUCCCAAACACGAUUUAAUGUCAGAAUCAGCAUCAAGUAGGAAAAUAAGAAAAAUGGGAUCUAACCGAAAGUCACAUGAAAAUCAAACAGCAAAAAGGGACAAAAUGACUGAUGCACAAAUUGGGAGAGAUGUCAGAAGUAUCACAGAUGAAAGUGCCAACAAGACAACUGAAGAGCUGAGGGAAGAAUCUUUGGGCCCGGACCAAAUAUCAGAGGUUAACACAAGUGACAAGAAACCUUCACCCAACUUCAGCACCUCAAAGGCAACAGAGCAACCGGCUAGUGAGAAGACACCUAAACCAGUGACUCCUGUUCAACAUCCUUCUGCUGAAAUCCGCCUGGCUCAAAAGAGUCAACAGAAGUUUUCUCUGGCGGCUAAUUCCAGGGCAGCAAAUCUUCAAUCAAACACUUACAAUGUGAUAAUGGUUGGAGACAGCAGUGUGGGCAAAACCUCCUUUAUGAAAAGAGCUCAAAGUGGGAAGUUUUCUUUAGAUUUACCCGCUUCUGUUGGACUUGAUUCCUGCAUGUGGACUGUGGUAGUGGAUGGGAAAUAUGUGGUGCUACAGUUGUGGGAUACAGCUGGUCAAGAAAGGUUUCACAGCAUGACAAGGCAAAUUUUCCACAAAGCCAAUGCAUUUCUCUUGAUGUAUGACAUCACUUCUUCUCAGAGUUUUUCUGCAGUCAGCUACUGGGCAAACUGUAUCCAGGAAGGGGCUGCAGAAGAUGUAACCAUUUUACUUGUUGGCAAUAAGAGUGAUUGUGCAGAGCGCCAGGUUAAAACUCAGGAGGUGGAAGUUCUGGCAAAGGAAUACAACUUUGAAUUUAUGGAGUGUAGCGCUGCCACAGGUGAAAAUGUGGUUCAGUCUUUGGAAACUGUGGCCAGGAUGUUGAGCCAAAAAGUUGACACAAGAGAGGAAGCCAUGGAGUUAAAGAAAGAGCCCAACAAGAAAAAAUCAUCAGGAUGUUGUUGAACAAGAUAUGUGUCUGAAAACUCAGUAAAGUGGAGAAACACACUGUGGAGUAUCACCAGCGAUUUCCCGAAUCAAUUCAAUUCCAAUUUACAGGGUCCCGAUUCAAUAUCAAUUAGAACACAAAUUUUGCAGAACAAAUGCUGUUAAUUUACAAUCAAGAAGCAACCCUCAAAAUUUUUUAUAAUGCACCAGGUUACUUCAAAAAGUUUGCUUAAAGUACUUAACAAGUCAUUGACAUGCACACACAAGUUUAAUUCUCUUUUCACAAUUACCUUUAGAUGUACGUAUAUUUUUAUUUCUACCAACUUACUAGUAUUAUUUUAA